AGCAGUUGCAAACAGUAAACCUCAAGAGGAGCCAGUCAACCUUCACAAACACUCAACCUCUGGCUCACUCACUAAACAAUUCGCGUUAAUAUCUAAAAUAAAAAUUUCCAGCACCAAACAGCUCUCAGAUUUCGGAGUACACUGACCAAGAGCUACCUUCAAAAAGAUGUCCUUACAGCCUCUAACAGCAGUGAAUUGUGGCAGCCUUGUGCAACCAGGUUUCUCCUUACUAGACCUGGAGGGUGAUGUUUACCUCUUUGGACAAAAGGGCUGGCCAAAACGCUCAUGUCCAACUGGGAUAUUUGGUGUACGCAUUAAAAAAGGAGAACUUAAACUGCGUGCCAUUUCAUUUUCCAACAACUCCAGUUAUCUCCCUCCCCUCCGAUGUCCUGCGAUAGCUCACUUCGAGGCUCAAGACGGCAAACCUGAAUGUUACCUCAUUCAUGGCGGCCGAACACCCAACAACGAGCUGUCCUCCAGUCUCUACAUGUUGAGCGUAGACAGCAGAGGCUGCAAUCGUAAAGUCACAUUGCGUUGUGAAGAAAAAGAGCUAGUUGGAGAUGUCCCUAGUGCUCGAUAUGGCCAUACCCUCAGUGUGAUAAAUAGCCGAGGGAAAACUGCAUGCGUUCUGUUUGGUGGCAGAUCUUAUAUGCCCCCAACCGAAAGGACCACGCAGAACUGGAACAGUGUAGUGGACUGUCCGCCUCAAGUCUACCUUAUUGACCUAGAGUUUGGCUGCUGUACGGCUCACACCCUCCCCGAGCUAACAGAUGGCCAGUCAUUUCAUGUAGCCCUAGCUAGACAGGAUUGUGUCUACUUCCUAGGUGGUCACAUCCUCAGCUCCGACUGCCGACCCUCUCGUUUGAUCCGUCUCCAUGUGGAGCUUCUCCUUGGAAGCCCUGUCCUUACCUGCACCAUUCUUCACGAAGGUCUCACAAUCACCAGUGCCAUAGCCUCCCCUAUUGGCUAUCAUGAGUACAUCAUUUUCGGCGGAUACCAAUCUGAGACUCAGAAGCGCAUGGAGUGCACCUACGUUGGCCUGGAUGAUGUGGGAGUCCAUAUGGAGUCUCGCGAACCUCCACAGUGGACCAGCGAGAUCAGCCACAGUCGUACUUGGUUUGGUGGCAGCUUGGGCAAAGGAACUGCUCUAGUUGCAAUUCCUUCAGAAGGAAACCCGACCCCGCCAGAAGCCUACCAUUUCUACCAAGUGAGCUUCCAGAAGGAACAAGAUGGAGAAGCUACGGCACAGGGAGGCAGCCAGGAGUCCACUGAUUUCGAGGACUCUGCACCUUUGGAAGACUCUGAGGAGCUGUACUUUGGCCGAGAGCCUCACGAGCUGGAGUAUAGCAGCGAUGUAGAGGGCGACACCUAUAACGAGGAAGAUGAGGAGGAUGAAUCUCAGACAGGCUACUGGAUCAAGUGCUGCCUGUCCUGCCAGGUGGACCCCAAUAUCUGGGAGCCCUACUAUUCUACUGAGCUCACCCGACCUGCCAUGAUCUUCUGCUCCAGGGGUGAAGGUGGACACUGGGUCCAUGCCCAAUGCAUGGAGCUCCCUGAAAGCCUUCUGCUCCAACUCUCCCAAGAUAACAGCAAGUACUUCUGCUUGGAUCAUGGUGGCCUGCCCAAACAGGAGAUGACUCCUCCGAAGCAGAUGUUACCAGUGAAGAGAGUCCCAAUGAAGAUGACCCACCGCAAGGCUCCUGUCUCACUGAAGAUGACCCCAGCUAAGAAGACCUUUCUGCGAAGACUUUUUGACUGAUUUGUUCUUCUUUUCUCUUCACAUGGUUCUUGUUGAAAAUACUUGAAAGUAUUUGAAUUUCAGACUUAUGGAUUCAAGGCCUGGAAAGUACUUUAAAACAGCCGUUUCAAAUGUUAUCACUGUAUUGAAUGGGCAUUAUGAGUGGUUAUCAGCCUAUAGAUGUGGGCCAGUAGGGGCCUUCUGGGCCUACUUGUAGGUUCAGAAGGCUGUUAUCAUGCAUCCACAUGGUUAAUCAGCUAUAGAUCACUUACGGCUGCAGCUGAAAGUUAACAAGAAUUAUUUAUAUUAUCUAUUAAAUGUCCCAUUAGUAGCUUUUUAUUAACGGCUACCCCAACCCUAAACCCAUCCAUCAUAGUAAUGUAAAAGCAGAUCUGGAUCUGGAGUCUUCUCUAUUAGUAUAGCUGAUUAACCAUGUGGAUGAAUGAUAACAGCAUUCUCAGCCUACUAGUAGGCGCAGAAGGCCCCUACUGGCCCAUAUCUAUUAGGUGAUAACCACUGAUAAUGCUCAUUUAAUCAAGUGAUAACAUCCGAAGCGGGUGCUUAAAAACAAACAUAGGCCCUUGACUACAUAUGCUGAGGUAUGAAUAACAAAGGUGCUUGAUUUGAAAAUUAAUAUUGAAAGUGCUUGAAUCUGGUGUCCAUGAAAUUAUAGGAACCCAGUGUUCAUCAUGACAUCAGCUUUGUUUAUAUUGUUGUUCAUUUUUAACAUUUUAAUGGGGAUUUAUACUAACAGAAACUUGGGGAUGUGUAAUUUCCAUUUAGAAACAUCAUAAAUGUGUUAAGUAUUGCUGUAGUAAUUGGCUAUAUGGAUUUAUUUUUACAAUGUUUGUGUAUUAUUUCUAAGAUAAUUUGUUGUCAUUUUAAAAUGUGAAGGGGAGGGGCAUGUUUUUUGUGCUUGAAUAAAGAGAAAUCAUUAAAAUAUA